AUGAGCUCUGACGAGUCCAAUUCAAAAGACGCCCCGCUCUCGGCGUUGCAUUCCAACAUCCGCGACAAGGGCACGAAUGCAUACUAUUACGCGCAUAAGAAACGAUCGGGGGCUGACGACCAUCAAUGGGACGGUCAGUGCGAACCUCGAUUGAUUGCCAAGUCGGACAGCGUUAUCUCUGUCUCCACGGAUCGCCCUAUCACUUCAUACGCAUGGUCCGACGGGAAGAAGUGCGCGACCGUGUACAUUGACAUCCCAGCAAUUGCCAGUCAUCCCGACGAAUCGAUCACUUUGGACUGGUCGGCGCGGGAGCUCGAGGUUCGCAUUCGAGACUUUGAUCCGUCGGGAGCGGACCUCGUGUUCAAGAUCAAGUACUUGUAUGAAGAAGUGAUGGGUGUGACGUUGAAGAAGAAGGACGACAAGAUCGUGCUGCGGUUGGUCAAGGCGAAGGAGCUCACUUGGUACACGUUAAAGAAAGAUCAUCCUUGA